AUGAAGUUGAUAUUUUUAUUAAACUAUGAAAGUUUCUUCCUAAGAAGAAAAGGAAGUUUAUUAAAAAUGGGAGUAAGAUAUAAAAGUAACUUUAAUAUACCUAAAUUAAGUACAAUGAAGAAUAUGACAAUUUAUGAUGUAAGAAAAAAUGUAGAAUUAUGUAAAAAAAAGAAUAUAAAAACAAAAAGUAUAUGGAAUGAUUUUCUUUACAUAAUAAUACUAAAAUUAUAUAAUAAUGAAAUAAAUGAUUUCGUCGAUUUGAUGAUUAUAUUAAAAUUAUUAAGUAGAUAUAUUAGUUUGGAUAAAAGAGUUUUAAAUUUUAUAUGUGAAAAAAUAGAACAUUAUAUUUAUAAAUUAACUAUAAGGGAUUUAAGUUUGCUAAUACUAGUUUUAAGAAAAAAUAAUUUUGAUAAUGAAUAUUUUAUCAAUUUAAUUAGUAAAUCUAUAUUAAUGAAAAUGAACAAAAAUAUAUCAUAUAAAGAUUUGGCACUAAUAACUUUCAGCUUAUCUAGAAAUACUUGUAAAACAGAACAAGUUUAUACUAAGGAAAUUUUCAAUUUAACUAUUUUAAAACUUAAUAAUAAUUUAAACAACAUAAAUUUUCAUUCAUUAUCAUUAUUUUUUUAUUCAUAUAGCUUAUAUUUUGUAAAUAAUUUUGAUUAUUUUAAUUCCUUUUUUUAUAUGAUUAAAAAUUUUAUAAAUAUGCUUAAAAAAAAUUUAUAUUGUUUGAAUUCUACAGAUUUAAUGUUUACUUUUAUUUCUGCCACACAUAUUUAUAAUUCAUUUGAAGAUAAAUUCAAAAAUAUAAAAAAUACAAAUUACAAUACUUAUGACUCAAUUAAUAAUAGAUAUCCUUUGUUAAAUAAAAAUUUAAAUAAGUUAACUAAUGAAAAUCCACAAGAACUUCUAGAGGACAAUUUGAAUAAUAAAUAUAAACAAAAAUUAAAAAAUAAUUUAAGAAACAAUAUUAAAAUUGAAUCAGAAAUUAAUAAUCAAUUAAGUUUAAAAAAUAGUUCUAAUAGUAAUCUAGAAGAUAUAUCAGAAAAAAAUAUGCUUCCUGAUUCAUCAAUAAAGUUAAGAGAAUAUGAUAAUAAAAAUAAAGAAAUUUUAGAAGAUUUUAUAGGAUGCAUAAAAACUGUAAUUGUGGAAAAAUUAAAAUGUUUCAAAAUUCAAGAGGUAAUAAAUAUUUUAUUUACUUCACUAAAUAGAAAUUUUACAAUUAAUAACAAAUAUUUUAAUUUUCUUAAUAAGUAUAAAAUAAGAAUAGAAGAUUAUAUUAAUAUUUACAUAAAAAUAUGUAAAUAUAAUGAAGAAGAAAAUUAUAAUUAUAUUUUAAAAAUUGAAAACACAUGUGAAGAUGAAAGGUUUAUUAAUAUUUUAGUGGAUGAAAUUAUAUAUAGGAAUGAUUGUUUAAACCUAAAGCAAAUAAUUCUGAUAUUUUAUUUAUUAAGGAAAUCUAAUUUUAUAUUUGUACAAUUUGAAAAAAUAAUACUAAAAAGGUUAAUAUGCAUAGAAAAAGAAUUAAACAAAAACGAAAUUAUGUUUCUAUAUCAGUAUAUAUUUUUGAGAAUUUGUUUAUUUAACGAAUUAAAAAAAUAUUCCUUAAAAGUUUAUGAAAAAGAUAAAAUGUUUUAUCUAUGUGAUUCAAAGGAAAGUUUUAGGGAUAAUAAUUCUUCUAAUAAUGAUGAUAAUUUUUUCAAUAACAAAAGAAAUAAUGAAAAUAAUAUAUAUAUGCAUGAUGAUAUCUUUUAUUUGGAGAAAAAAAGAAAUAGAGAUAAAAAGAAAAUAUAUUUAUAUGACAACUUUAUUUUUAGUUAUAACGCAUAUGUAAUGAAUGAUAUGAAAGAUUCUCAAGAUAAGAUAAAUAUGAAAUGCUUUAUAGAUUUAAAAAGAAAUGUGAAGGAAGAAAAAGGAAAUGAUAUAUUACUUAAAAAUGAUAAAUUAAUAAAUAAUGAAAAAAAUAAUGAAUUAAUUUUGUGUAAUUCAAAAAAUUAUAACAUUGUUAAUAAUGAAUUAGAAUCAAAUAAAUUUUUUUUGAAAAAUGAUAAUUAUGAAUACAUAUAUGAAAUUAGUUGUUUUAAUUUAUAUUUAGAUAUAUAUAAAAUUUUAUGCUUAAAGUUAUUAAGUUUUUUACGAAAUGAAAGAUUAUCAAGUUCACACAUUAUAGACAUAUUGUGUAUUUAUGAAAAAUUAAAUAUAAGAGAUUAUAGAAUUAUAAGAUAUUUAUAUAAUUUAAAAAAGGAAAUUAUAUAUAUAGAUAAUAAAUACUUAUUAAAAAUUAUUAAUGUAAUUGUAAAUUUUAAUUUAUAUAAUAUACUGAUAUAUCUGAAUAUAGACAAAAUUAUUAAAUUUAUGAAUUUCAAUUCAUUAGAUGAAUGCAUAGAAGUUUUGGAAUUAAUAAGUAUGAUUUUUUCUUCUAAAGGAGGUUUUAAUAAUUUUCAUACCUUAAGUAUAGAAAAUAUAAUAAAUUACAUUUUAAAAAAUUUGAAUAAAUUAGAAAAUUUUGAUAAAUUGGAAAAAAUUCAAAUAACUAAUGCAUAUAGUAGUUUACCAAUUAAAUUCUAUAAAUUAUUUAAAAAUGUAAAAUUAUUAAAUAUACUAAAAAAAUCACAAGAUAAUAAGUUUGAACAAAAAGAUAAAGUUAUAUUAUCAGAAGGAAACGUAAAAAAUUUAAAUAUUUAUAAUGUAGACGAUGUCAAUUUAAAUAAAAUAAAAAAUUCAUUUCAUUUUAUAAAAUCAGAUAUGAAUUAUUACUCCAAUACAUAUGAAUAUAGAAAUUUAAGUGAUGAAAUAUAUAAAGAUUUUUUAUUAAUUUAUAAAAACAUUGAAGCUUACAAAAACAUAAAUAUAUAUAAUUUUACAUUUCCUUUAGCUAUAAAUUUAUUAACAUUAAAUGAUAACAAUAUAUGUUAUGAUUUGUGUGAAUUAAAAAAAAGUGAUUAUAAGAAAAAAAAUAAAAUAAUAGAAUUGAAUAAAAAGAAUUUUCUUAUUAUUGAUAUUUUAUAUAACUAUGAUUUUUUUUAUUCUUUGAAUGAAUUAAAGGAAAACAAAUUAAAAACACAAAAUAUUCAUAUAUCAUAUUAUAGUAGUCAUAAAAAUAAAUUUAAUAAGAGACUGUUGAAUAAUAAAAAAUAUACCAUAUUGAGACUAAUUAAGAAAAGAGGAUUCAACUAUAUUUGCAUAGAUGCAAAAACUUAUAUAAAAAAUAAAAAAAAGAAUAAGGAAAAUAAUUUAAAUAAACAAUAUAUAAAUAAUUUAAUAUUGGAUUUGUUAAAAAGAAAGAACACUAGUAGGAAAAUAAAAGAGAAAGAAAAGAUUAUUGCAGAAAAAAAAUAUAAAAUAUUACGUUUUCUUUUGAAAAAUAAAAGUAAUAAAAUAUUAGACAUUAAUAAUUAUAAGUCUAAAAUCAAAAAUUCUUUUUACAAAAAAAAUAAAAGAAAAUGGAAAAAAUAUAUAAUAGAAAAUGAGCCGUUAUCUAAUUAUAAAGUAGAAAAAAUUAAAGGAGAAAAGAAAUCUACUUCAAACCAUUUAACAAAGUUAAAAAAUAUGUUUCAAUUAAUGUAA